AUGACUUCCUUGACCCAGCGUAGCUCCGGGCUGGUGCAGCGCCGGACAGAGGCCUCCCGCAGCGCUACUGCCGACAAGGAUCGGGAGGCGGGAGUCGGCUCUGAGGAUGAAGGCCGCCGGGACGAGCCCGGCGACGACGAGAAGGGCGACUCCAAGGAAACGCGGCUCACCCUUAUGGAAGAGGUGCUGCUCCUGGGCCUCAAGGACCGUGAGGGUUACACAUCAUUUUGGAAUGACUGCAUAUCCUCAGGAUUGCGUGGCUGUAUGUUAAUUGAAUUGGCAUUGCGGGGGCGUCUUCAGUUAGAGGCUUGUGGAAUGAGGCGGAAAAGUCUAUUGACAAGAAAG